GCCCUACCCUUCUUUCCACGCUUCCCGAGAGGCUCCUGCGGCCAGAACCGGAAAACAAGGAGUAACAGUCGCGUUUCAAAUCUCGCAGACCUGCUGGCCGAUCUCGAGUCUUCUGAAAGAGGAAGGCGAGCAAAGCCAAAAUCCUCCCAGAGUCCGAACCCAAACACAGAUCGCCGUGGGGGUCCAAGCGCCCUUCAACUCCGCCCUCUAGUGCCCAAGAUUACGGGGAAGGAAUUCAACGAAUCAGUGGUGAGGUGCCGCCGCCAUGCUUACGACGGGCGGAAAUUUGAGAGAAAGCUUCCCACCAGUAGGGAAACGGACGAGCAACCGAGCACGGUUGGAAAGGUUGAGGAUAGCGGUUAAGUGGCUCGGCCUUGCCCUCAGUUAAAAUGGCAAUUUUAGUUGCUUCACUGAUACGGAAUCGGCGAGGCGCUAAGGAGGCUUCCUGCGUGGAGCCGCAGAGCGAGUCGGGAAACGAUUUUAAACUGAAGAGCCGGCGGAGGACCGAAUUGCCUUUUCACAGCGGCGUGAUUUCAGAGCUGGGCUGGUCUCUGACAGGCUCAGCUGAAGAGGGACGGGUUGGGACGCACUGUCCUUUUGCCCUUCCCCCUUCGCCAGCAGAAGCUGACUCGGCAGGAGCGAGGGUCGCAGAGCUGGGAGAUUUCAGUCUCGACACAGUUUUGGAGCCGGACUUUUGAAGAAUGAUUGAUGAAUCCGGAAUGGGUGACAGCGUCAUCACGGCAUUUUAUUGGUAAAAAUGCUUUGUAUUGGUUCCGGACCUGCUUUAACUUUGUAUUUGCCCUGCUGUGUGGUCAUUAUCUUCACAAUACUUGUGUGUUGAGGUGUGUUUAAGCACUACGUGCAUAAUACCCGACCAAGUAUUGGCGUUAGGGCGGUUGGAUUUAGGUAUUGGUGGCAAUGUAGAAAAGUGAUCAAGUCAGAGCCCCUUCACGGACUAACCACAAGAGAAACAACAAAGCUUUACUUGUGUGCUGUGAACUACAACUGCAAGUGGAAUUGUCAAGAGAACUAGUUCUGCCAAGCUCUGGAAAACUUCUGAGGAGAUGGCACAUGGAAAAUGGAUAAGAUUUGCUCAGACAAACGGGAGUAGAGAAGUGUUUUUAAUUGUCGAUAAGGUGAAUAAAAAGGCAGGGAGAAUAGUAGAGAGAUCAUCUGUCUAGACUAGGGGGUGCAUGUGUGGCUAUACGGCUGUGAUUUAACCUUUUAAAGAAUUGUCUACUGGAACUUUCUUCACUCCCACCUCCCCUCAUCCCCCAAUGUUGUAUACAAAACCUUAGAGGAAGUGUAUGCAGAAUGUUGGAUUUUGGAAAGGCUACUUAGGGUAAGAACUGAAGUAGUAGAAAAUGAACCUGGAUAGGAUCAGAUAAUAAGAUCAAAUACAGUAGUGCCUUGAAAACCAGACAGGAAUUCUGAUUCGACUUCAUAUAGCUGUAUGGGAACUGUUAUGGGAUCUCAAGCAAGGUAAUGAUAAAAGUGGUGACAAUGAAAGACAUGAUGGAUUAGGGAAAGGGGCUAAGAUUGGGAACAAGAUAAGUAGCUAUAAUUGAGAAUGAGAGUGAAGCCCACAUCUAAGAGUACAAGUGUAUAUCUUUUUAAGAAAUAUGUCAGAGGCCAGGUGUGGUGGCUUAUGCCUGUAAUCCCAGCGCUUUGGGAGGCCAAG